GUGGCUUUGGUAAAUAAUGAGAAAGUGUUAACCGUGAAUACAGAGGGGGUUAGGAUCCUAAACACCUGAGUGAGAGUGACAUUAAGUUCUGGGACAGCUGAUGAGGUUUGGGACGUAGGGUUUGCAGGCUGAUCGUGUAGAGCCUGGGCACGGAUAACUAAAUGCAUGUAGAGGUUACAAGUGCUCCCCACCCCCCUGUCUAGGGGCUGGCCCAAGGAAUCGGUAAGGAGUAGCCAAGUAGAGCAGCAGGAUGCCAAUCCCUCCUCCUCCGCCACCACCACCUGGCCCUCCUCCACCUCCUACCUUCUCUCAUGCGAAUACUGAGCCACCAAAACUGAGCCGUGAUGAGCAGAAGGGUCGAGGAGCUCUUCUGAAUGACAUCUGUAAGGGGGCAAGAUUGAAGAAGGUGGCAGCGGUGAAUGACAGGAGUGCGCCAAUUAUUGAUAAACCUAAAGGUGGAGGAGGGACAUCCGGUUUCACACCAAGCGCUGGAGCUGCAUUACAGCCUAAAGGUGGCCUCUUUCAAGCGGGUGUUCCUAAACUACGCCCUGUGGGGGCCAAGGAUAGCCAAGAGGGCGGCCAGUCUGCUCGUUCACCUCUUCAAGUCCCUAGUGGACGUGCUGCUGCCCCUCGUCCUCCUGUAUCAGGGGGGCGUCCACAAGAUGAUUCUGAUAGUUCCAACAGUCGGUCCACUCCUUCUGAUAUGGGGAGAGCACAUCGCCCAUCUCUGCCAGAUCUUACACGUCCCCCAAGUGCAACAAGCCCUGGCAUGAAACACAGCUCCUCUGCCCCUCCUCCACCCCCCCCAGGACGUCGCCAAGCAGGACCUCCUCCCUCCUCACAGAACUCCAAAUCCUACAACAGAGAUAAGCCGCUACCCCCUACACCCGGGCAUAGAGCACCAGCUGCACCACCUGUAAAGCCACCUCCUUCACCCAUCAGUAGCCGAAACCCUGCUGGCCAUGGACAGCCUCCUCCUCCACCACCAUCUAGGCAUCAUCCUGUCUCCCACAAUGGGCCGUCUAGCCCCAUGAAUGAUCCAGCACCAGAUCUGCCACAGCGGCAUAACUCACUUCACCGUAAGUCUGCUGGGCCUGUGAGGGGACUUGCACCCCCUCCGCCUCCCUCUGCCAAUUUAUCACCAGGGGGCAACAGACCACCUCCUCCAGCAAGAGACCCUCCAGGGAGGGGAGCAGCUCCUCCACCUCCUGCAAUUCGUAAUGGGGGCCGGGAUGCCCCACCUCCUCCACCGCCAUACCGAAUGCAUGGCAUCACCGAACCUACUCAAAAUAGAGCUAAGCAUCCUCCUCCACCUCCCUCUCGCACCCCCUCUGGGCCUCCUCCACCGCCACCAGUCAGGAACGGGCACAGAGAUUCUGUUUCUGUGGGGCGAUCCUUUGCAGAUGACUUUGAAUCAAAAUAUUCCUUCCAUUCGGUCGAUGAGUUUCCAGACCCUGAGGAAUACAAGCACAUUGACAAAAUUUAUCCUAGCAAAAUCAUAAGAGCUUCUCCGAAUGCCGCCCAUAACUGCUCCUCAUUCACAGCCGCCCGUGGAGCUCCUCCAUUGCCUCCCAUUCCGAGGUGAAACAUCUCAUCAGUGUCUGCUGCCUGGACUCUGCAUCCCGCUCCUCAACCUGCUCUCCUCCAUAUUUUCAUCAUUCCUCGUGGGGGGAGCUGGGAGGGAGGGCCACUCCCGCAUGAAGACACUUUGCAUUGGGAAACAAGAGAAGCCAGAAACGUUUCCUCCCAUCUUCCUAUGCAUUCUACAUCUCUGUCUCCUCCAGAGACUCCCCUAUGAUCAUUUGCACAUGAGGGGAAAUUAUAUAACUUAAAUUCCCAAGUUUAACAGGCAAAUUCAGCCAAAUGGUAUGUAAUCAAACCACUGGUAUGGCCAAUGCCCCAAAUGGAUUCUUUCCCAAAUAUAUCUGUACCCAACUAAUUCAUUUUUUAUUCCAUUAUGCCAGCAGAAGCAGAAUGGUGUAACAUAUAACAAGUGGGUAAACCGUUCUAAAUAAUACCCACAAUGCAUACACUACAAGAAUAAAAAGAUGCACGUAACCCUAAAGGAAUACACUACAGAAAUGCAAAUUGGACAUUCCUGCUAUGAUUUGCUGCUGCUCCUUCUGUAUCCUGACUCUUCCAGGCCUGAGCCUUCACAUGUCACACUUUCUGACUGUUACUAAGAGAUGGGGGGGAAGCUACAUUUUCAGGAGAACUUCAGUGCGAAGUGUGGUGUGUCCAGCUGAGCAACUUGAUAUUUGAAUAGUUGGAAUUAAGUGGUCAGUGCUGGGCAGAACGGUUUACAGAUCAGUAGAUUUCAUGAUUUGGACAACCGACCAUAGGAAGGUAUAACCGCUGCAAUUUGGCUCACAAGUCGCAGCUCUUAGAUUUGAUAAAGCCAUAAAAUCUGUGUAAUGCCGGGAUGUUACAGUGUAAGUCAGGGCUUGAAAUAUCAGGAGAUCCAGGGAGACAUGGCUUCUUAAAUUUUAGAUGUAGCUCCUAACUAUUCUGGUUGCUUCUACAUGCAUCUUUAAAUGAAGAAGCUGGCUCCGAAGAAAUAUGGGUGGCUCCUAAAUUUCAAAUAAAUGUUUAAGUAAUAAUGUUUCUAUGUAUUAAGGUGAUGGUAACAAUCAAUAUGAAAGUGUUCAUUUUCUAUCUAUGCCGAACACGUGGGUUUUAAAGAUGUUGGUUACUAUAUAUGACCUUUUUUUCAACUUGAAGGUAAUUAAAAUUUCUUCCCGGUCUCUCCACCACACAUUUUCUGUCUUCCCUAUCUACUCUUUUAUCUGUCUAUAAAGUAAGGCUGUUUUUUUGUGUACUUGUGCCAUUAUCCCCUGAAACUCCAGCUUUCUUUGUAUAUCUCCCUUUUCAACAAAGAAAAGUCUACUACGUUGCCCUGUAGCACACUAAAUAUUGGAGAUGUGAAUUAUUCUGUACAUCAUUAUCCAUGUAAAGAGAUACCAAUAAGCAUGUUGCAGAAGCUGAAAAUGGAUGGCAGUUCAGGAUGUCAUAAGUUGCAGCACUAUUUUAUCUGUGUAUAGAGAUCCUCCACUGUACAUUGCAGCUUGUUCUUGACCAGCACAGGUCUGUUAAUCCCUAACACUGCUUGGAUUUCCUGAGUUUUUAUUUGCCUUAUACACUACUUAAACUUUUACUGCUGGGAGAAAGUAUUGUGUUGCUCUGCAUAGUGAAUCUUGGCAUAUACAAUGCACUGCUUUCCCUGUCAGCUGUGAAAUGAUUUCACAUUGAGAGAUUUGGUACUAUUAUUUUGUAAUGUAUGUUUGACAUCUGAUAAACCUUUAGUUACUUAUGUUUAUUUUGUAUUUUGUAAAAUAGGAUUAUGAGAAAAGGUUGCAAAAAGAAUACUAAAAUAUAAAUAUAUAUAUAUAUAAAGUUUCACUUUGUUCUGUUCUUCUUAAGAUUAUCAAUUGUGGUCUUCUUGUAAAAUGGAUUUUAUGCCACUGUGGUACACACAAAAAAAGGUUAGGGAACUGAUUUGUGUAAUGGGUGAAAGGGACAUUCUACACGUUGAGAUUGUAAUAUAAAAUGUUUUAAUUAUGUGUAGUAAAAACAACUUUGUAAUAUA